AUGUUAGCAGCCGCAGGGUCCUCCGGGUCUGGUCGUAGUCCGGCUAUCCCGUCCCAUGCUACCGAUGCCUCCGUUUCGCCGGCGGCGUCGGUGUUCCAGCCCAUGCAGGCCGUUGAUGAGAUAUUCGACUAUGCCAACUUCUUGUGGGAUGCUGGCGAUGCCUGGCAGCAGGUCAACCCAGAACCUGGUCAGCAGAUGAGCCUUGAUGGGCAAGUUCUCCCAAAGAGGAACCAGUUUGCAGGUCAACCUCUUGGAAGCCGGCAACCGCCGCUCAUGAGUAGCCCGCCGAAUCUCGCCUUCCCAGAUCGGACUGCUAUGGAUGAGCUGCCAGACCCAUCACCAAUCCCUGAUGCUAGUAGUCAGUCAGAGCAGGCCAUGGCAUUACAGGUCCCGACUGAGGAUGACAGACUCAUGGACUACUUCAGCCGCGUCGUUGUCCCUCCCAUCCUUGCCGAAGUCGAGACGCAGAAGAAGUGGCUCGCCGUUCGACAAGUUGUCGUCGACAUGGCGGGUGCGUCGCAAAUGGUCAAGUGGUCGGUACUCGCCUUCUCGAACCUGAUGCUAUCACGUCGCGAAGGCUCCUGGCUAGCCAGUCCGGAAGAUCAUUAUCAGAAAGCCGUGUCGGAAGUGGCUAUCUGUGGCGACGAGUCGUCGCCCGCGACCGACAAUCCGAGCUCACGCAGGGAGCACCUUCUCGCAACGCUCUUCUUCCUCAGUUAUGUCGACAUCCUCCGAGGUCAGAUCAAGGCUGCAGACUCGUUCCUUAAGCGGGCCUAUGGACUGUUCCAGCAAGGCGAGAAGAGCAGUUUUGCCGCUAUCGAGAAGCAAUUCCUGCAGUGGAUGCGCCUACUCGAUGCCCGUGCCGUUUCCGCUGGUGGACAGGGCUUGCUCCUUUCCAAAGAUGACGAGCUGCUCUUAGUCGAAGCGUCACCAGCUAGUUUUGAUGGAGGAGGCGCAGACUCAACCAGGGAGGACUUUGGAGAUGGUGACAUUGAGGAUGUCCUAUUCCAAGUUCUAUACCAGCCCGGCAUUGUCUUCUUCCAAAAGGUUCAGAGCUUCAUGGGUCGGAUAUCAAAGAUCGACCCUUGGCAUAGGUCACGUGGCACCGUCGAGGACGAGACGGAGGUCAUGAACAUCGGGGCCGCCAUCGCAGCGGAUCUGCGGACCUUGUACGAGCAGCGGCCCCCGCUCAUGGACUAUGCCGUGGCGGGGAAGUUGACGGAGCCUCACGUUUCGCCGCACCUAGCGUUCGUUAUCACACGUGCAUUUCGAACAUAUCUUGCCAACUAUCACGCAAGUAAAGUCCACCUACAUAGAGUGGCAUACAAAACCUUUCCCCUUACUAAAGAAGCCAGCGAUGCUCUCAAUCAGAUUCGACGCCUAGCUCGACUACUAGUUGAUUCACUGGACGCAGAUAACUCAUUACCGGUCAACAUGCUGUGGCCUUUACUGAUGCUAGGGUCGGAAGAGCAGGACCCCCAGGAGAGGAUAUGGAUCAAGACCCAGAUCCUGCGUAUGGAGAGCGUUGCCGGCAAUGCGAAAAUCACUGCCCAAGUUCUAGAAGAGGUACAGGCUAGGCAGGAUGCUGAGAAGGUCCGGGUUGACAUCCGAUCCGUGAUGCAUGCCAUAUUCAACGCAUGUUUUGCUAUCGUCUGA